AUGGCGGUCGGCUCUUCCCGUGCCCUGCCCUGGGAGGACCUGGAAGCGGCCGCCCUCAGCCCGCUGCUCGCAGCCUGGGGGCUGCAGGGCUCCUCUGCACGGCCGCCGGCCAGCUCCUCCCUGGGACUGAGCUCAGCGAGGCCGGAGGAGGGAAUCCGCUGUCCCAAGCCCUCCAACCGCCCUCCGACCUCUGUCCGGGCCUUCACACUGCCCGCCACGCUCGAAGGCUCGGCGGCCGUGCUAAAUGAAUGGCUGUGGAAGGCUGAUGCCCUGGGUCCCGUUCCUCCACCUGAGGAGCUGGGCCGCCGGCCGGCUCUCCUCCUCGGUGCUGGGCGCUGCUGGUUCUCGGCUGCCACUGUGCCCGCAUCCAGCGCGCCCCCCGGAGCGCACUCUGGAGGAGGCCGGUCCGCUCACGAGGCCCCGCUCCUUCUCCCAGGGGCUGAGGAGCUGAUCCGCCACCUGCAGAAGCAUGGCAUCCCCUUCGCCCUGGCCACCAGCUCGGGGACCGCGUCCUUCGAAAUGAAGACAAGGAGGCACAAGGGCUUCUUCGCGCGGUUUGACCACGUGGUGCUGGGGGACGACCCUGAGGUGCGGAGCGGCAAGCCCAGCCCCGACAUCUUCCUCGCCUGUGCCCGCAGGUUCUCUCCGGCGCCGCCCGUGCAGCAGUGCCUGGUCUUAGAAGACGCGCCCAACGGGGUGGAGGCGGCCCUGGCGGCCGGGAUGCAGGUGGUCAUGGUUCCCGACGCCAACCUCAGCCGCGACCUGACGACCAAGGCCACCCUGGUGCUGAACUCUCUGCAGGACCUGCGGCCCGAGCUGUUCGGCCUCCCGCCCUUCGAGUGAGGGGCAGCCUCCGUCUCCCCCGCAGGCGCAAUGCCACGCGGCCCCGCCCCCACGUUGGCGGCUGGAAACCGUCAGCUCCCUGUGCACGUGCUUUCCCGUGGGCGUGUGUGCUUUCUCAUGUGUUUGUGCUUUCCCGUGUGUGUGCACGUGUGUGCUUUCUCAUGUGUUUGUGCUUUCUCAUGUGUGCGUGCGUGUGCUUUCACGUGUGCGUGUGUGCACGUGCGUGUGCAUCCCCCUCUGCUUCUGCUCCCUCUUGGGGUCCAGGUGAACAGGCCCUGAUGCCCGAGCGGGAAGGCCUUGCAUCACGAGCCUUAGGGACGAGUCCCUCUGGCGUUCCUCCUGGACGUCUCCGGGCUGACUCCCCGGAGCCCGGCCUCCGCAUCCUCCCCGUCCUCCCGUUUCCCGCCCGUGUGUCUGCAUCCUUGUCCACCUUGGUUGUUUUCUACCUCAGGAAGUCAUUUCUCCCCUUAAUAAACACACGACGUGUCCUUCCACGUCUCUGGUGGA